AUGGCUGUUACCAGAGGUGGGCCUAUGUUUGUUAAAACGGUUGAUUGCUCAGGGGAAACAAAUGACAAGUAUUUUAUUUCCAACUUGAUGAAGGAAGUAAUCAUGGAGGUUAGGCCUAAAAAUGUGGUUCAAGUCAUUACAUAUGAUGUCCCAAAUUGCAAGGCGGCGGGGCACCUAAUUGAAGCGCAAUUUCCUCACAUCUUUUGGACUCCUUGUGUUGUGCACACCCUCAAUCCUGCCUUGAAGAAUAUUUGUGCCGCCAUGAAUGUGGAAAAUAAUUCAGUUGCAUUUGAAGAGUGUAAUUGGAUUAUUGAGAUUGUGGGUGAUGUAAUGAUGAUCAAGAAUUUUAUUUGUAAUCAUUGCAUGAGGUUGGCAAUGUACAAUCGGUUUGUGAGUUUGAAGCUUCUUUUAAUUGCGGAGACACACUUUGCUUCUUCCAUUAUCAUGCUUAAGAGGAUCAAGUUGAUAAAGCAAGGUAUCCAAACAAUGGUAAUCAGUGACAAAUGGAGUUGUUAUAGAAAUGAUGAUAUUGGUAAGGCCAAGUUUGUGAAGGAUAAGUUGUUGGAUGACUUUUGGUCAGAUCAAGUCGACUACAUACUUUUCUUUGCUGCUCCUAUUUAUGACAUGAUUAGAGUUUGUGACACCGAUAGACCUUCUCUUCACUUAGUAUAUGACAUGUGGGAUACAAUGAUAGAAAAAGUGAAGAUGGUGAUAUAUAAGCAUGAAGGAAAGCGACUAGAAGAAGAGUCUACAUUCUAUAAUGUAGUACAUCAGAUUCCUAUAGACCGGUACUAUAGUGAUGUGUGGCUUCAUGAGGAUCCAAGCCGAGUUCCCCCACAUGGGGAUGAGAAGGUCUGCCUUGAGAGAAAAAAGUGCUUGAAAAUGUUCUUUUUUGAUCUAAUGAAGCGCACUAGAGCAAAAUUGGAGUAUGCCAAGUUCUCAACCGAAGAGGGGCCAUUUGUUGACAUUGAUUCCAUUGGAGAUAGAUGUGAUAUGGAUCCUCAUAGUUGGUGGGGUGUUCAUGGUGCAUCUGCAUCCACUCUUCAAUCUUUGGCUUUAAGGCUACUUGUGCAACCUUCUUCUUCAUCAUGUGCUGAGAGGAAUUGGAGUAUAUACUCUUUUAUCCAUUCAAUGAGAAGAAACAAGAUGACACCCCAACGUGCAGAGGACUUGGUUUUUGUUCAUAGCAACCUCCGUCUUUUAUCAAGGAGAACCCCACAAUACCAUGAAGGAGAGACCAAGUUAUGGGAUAUUGCGGGCGACACAUUUGAUUCAUUUGAUGAUGUUGGAAUGCUUGAGGUUGCAAAUCUGUCACUUGAUGAACCUGAGAUGGAGGUUGUGUUGUUUACAGAUGAUGGAGGUGCAAACGAAGAAAAAGGUGGUGAUGCUAAUGAUGAUGAAGACGUGCAAGAAAUUGGAUCUACUUGA